AUGUCAGAAGAGAUAUCUGAAGGAUUAGAGGAAAAGAUGAAAUUCAUAUGCAAACUGACAAAAAGCUUUUUAGAUGUUUUGGAGCCAGAUGAAAGCAUGGGGAGCUUUGUCAUCAAGCUUCUUGUGCGAAACAAGGAUGUCAUUGAAGUCAUGGCAUCAGAGGAAGAAAAGUUGGUGCCCAUAUAUCAGUACCUUCUCAAUGUCCAGGUAAGGACAGGGUGGAUGCUGACUCUGUGGUGGUCAGCCACUGGGGCCAAGAAGGGGCCUGAGGGCAUUGACCUUGAUAUCUUCAAGGUGAUUAUCUGUGGCCAUAUAUGUCCAAGCACAAAUGAACAUCUGGGGCUUCUUGUGACAGAGUCUGAUGCAGAUGAUGACUUCAAUUAUGAGCAAUUUGAGGCACUCCUGAAGGAAAUGGGUGGGAAGUUGACACACAAAUCAUGCAAGUACUUCAAUGUAGAAUUCUGGAAAGGUGUGGAGGGUGCUGAGGUUGUGGCUGGGGUGGUGACAAUUAUCAAGAAAGGGUCAAAGAAGACACAGCAGACUUAUGGAGAUGAUGUUUUCAAGUUCUCACAUCCAGAUCACUCAUCAUGA